AUGGCUUGGACGCUUGACGUUUCUACUAUUCAAACGGAUUGUUUCGAUGAUGAACUAUUAAGAAUUUGCCAAAAAGUCAACACUUUGACAUCCGUAAAUUUAUUGACAAAUCGUAAUGACUUUACUGCUUCGCAUUAUGGCACCUGGUCAUUUAUUUCGACAGAUAGAGAGAAAAUUGAGUUAUCUAAACUGCAUACAAUAUCAUCAAUUGGUAGAAAUGCAUUUAUGGAUUUAGAAGUUCGAACAUUUUUGAAAACGUUGAUAAUUCAUAAAACAAACAACGUAUUCAUGAUUUACCCUGAAUCAUUUGUAGGUUUGACACAAUUAGAAAACCUGGAAUUAGAUGUUGGACCAAUUUUACUUCAAGCUCAUUUAUUCGAUAGUUUACCAUCUCUUAAAUUUCUCAAAAUUGAAGUAAUAGAAACUUUUCAAUACCUGAGUCAGGUAUUGGCACCUCUUUCAAAUUUAAAAACUAUUGAAAUCCUUGGAAAUCGUUCUGUGGGUAUUUGUCAAAAUAAAUUUUCAUAUGAAAUACCACAUUUGUUGACUGACAUUCGGUAUACAAAUGGUCCACUUAAAGAGUUACAAGCAAAUUCGAUGACUUGCAUUGCACAACUUGAAAAAUUCACGAUAACAAAUACUCAGCUGAGUACUAUUCAAGCUGGUGCAUUCAAAUCAAUGGAUAAUCUCAAAUACGUGAAUUUGGCAUAUAAUCAAAUAACAAUGAUUUAUGAAGAUACUUUUGAUGGUUUAAGUUGCAAUUUCUUUCAUUUGUCACACAACAAAAUUCAAAGAAUUGAAUCUAAUGCAUUUAAACAUUCUGACAUUCAAAAUCUGUACGUAUUGAAUAUCACUUUCAACGUUGAAUUUAAUAAAAAAUUUUGGAGCUUACCGGAUUCUACUCACGUCUAUUCCAGUGCAAAUGAAGAUGAACAUUAUGGAGUUUAUAUUAAACCUCCCAUGUCAAAAUGGUCAUGA